UUUUCUCUAAGCAUUUUUCCUCUCUCUCUCUUCCCAGUUUGUUCUUCUCCUUCACAACAUAAUCUGCCUCCCUGAAAAUCAUCCUCCCCACCAACGCCCAAUUUGUCGAGAUGCAUUCGGGUUUUGCCAAAAGAACGAAACCCAGAAUUGGGGAAAAUCAUUAAUAAAGAAGGGAUUGAAAAAUUGGGUUCUGAAACCCAAAACUGGGCAAAUCGCAGAAAUGGAUAUCGGGUCGUCUCGAAAGUAUGUGACUGUCUAUCUUCUUCUUCUUCUUCCCUGUUUCGAUUUCUAAUGCGACACCGUUUUGGAUUGAAUGAGUACUCAGUCGUUUUUGUUAGUUCUGGUUUUUAAAUGGAGAUGGUCGGAUUACUGGUAGCGAAGGCGCGGAGUUCUUCGCCAUGUCCAAGCUUCUAGACCCGAACUCAAGCAGAAAGUCCCAAAGGCCUAGCCGCUUCAGGAGCUCCUCAUGGCGCUGCAAGUUACAGAUUUUUAGCGGGCACAAAGGGAAUUGGGUUCAGGGUUUGUCUGAGGAUUUCAAGUUUGUGUUGAGCAGCUUUUGGAUUCCUCUUUCGACCUCUGCGGGAGAAGGUUAUGAGGUACCUGAACGAGAAGAGUACCCAUCUUCGCUGGAGAAAAGGGUCAGAGAUGGAGACGAAACGAGAAAAGUUGAAGGCAAAAAGGAAGAGUGGAAGACUUCUCUAUUUGGAAUCGAGAUUUGGAUCCACCCUCACGGAGGAUCUAAGAAAGAAGAACUGACGGGAAAAAUAUAAAUAAAAAAAGAAUAAAGGGAAAAUUGGUCAUUUUGUGAUCAAAAUAUACAAGCUGCUAACUUCCGUAACGGAUCUAACAGCCCCAGGUAUAUAUAUUCGGUCGGGGUACGAAUCUCAGAUAGCGUUCUGACAUUUCUAAAACUUGAUGUACUAAAGUUUAUAAGUGAGAUAGUUUCAGUACCAUUUG